AUGACUCUUUUUGAAGCACAAAAUUCUCAAAGUCCAUCUUCAAUUAUGCACGAGGUUCUGAAAGAUACAGGCGACCGGACAUUUAAAUCACCCAAAGAAUUUAUGCUGCCUUUAAAAAGUGGACCACGACCUGGACGUCGUAAGCCGAGAAAACUAGGAAAAAGCAUGAUUGCUACGGAUACGCCAGAAAAGAAUCAGAUAGCUGAAGAACGAAAAAAACACGAGACAAGAAGUCUGCGGCAAGUGCAAUUAAACGACCUAUACUGCAAGAAAAAAAAUUCGAAGAACCAAGGAAAAAGAAGAAAGCAAAGAAGGUUGUAA